GUUCAACAACCCAAGCAGAGUCGUCGACUAGGCUUGUCGAAGUCACUAUCGUGCAGCAAGGCUAUCUCCACAAUCUCGUGACUUGGCCCCCACUAGCUCCGAUACGCCGCCCGCGGAAGAGGAGAGGCGUUUUUGGGAAGAGCAGAAGAGAUACAAUCGAUACUGCCCUUCCUGCUCCAAGACAAUCGCACGGCAUUGGAAGUGGAUGAACAAGAGGGGUGUUCCAGAUUCCAUCACGGUCUUGCGAGAAUUGGUUUCACCUCUCCUUGUUCCGCCGCUUUCGUCUCAAGAGUGCAAAGGCCCGAAUCGGAGGAGUUUCCGCACCACCUCAGACCACCGAUCUGAGUUGUGGAGAUACCACCACCAAACUCUACUCGACCUUGACCACCUUUUUCACCUCUACCACCAGACUCGUCCUCGUCCUCCUCCUCCCUCCACUCCGAUAACACGUCGACCUCACCUCCCACCGUCGACGACGAGCCAUCCUUCGGCCACGCUUCGCCUACGCAUCUCCCGCCCGCAUUCACUCCACCUCGACCGUCCGAUACCAUAUCUCAUGCGAGCGGCUUCCUGCAGAACAAUCAACCUUUCAUGCAAGGCGCCUUAGCUUUGUGACUACAUACCCACAUUUCCUUGGGGUACAGCUACAAUCACUUCAACGACCCCGCCUGCGCUCGGAGAUCAUACCGCGAAAGCCCGAGCUAUUCACCCGAUACAGCACCAAACAAUACAGCGAUCCGCCAACCUUCUCGAACCACCUGGAGCGGCAUUCACCCUCGCAAACAUUUACUCUCGGUCGGACGCCGUAAUAAUCUCAUAUAACUCGCUCACCAUGUCGACCAUGAUCAUGUCCAGCGUUCCCCAGCGCAAACCAGUCGGCAGCCGUGCGCCUGCUGGACCAUCCUACCCAAUGCAAGCACAACCGAAACCACCUCCGAUGCAACAUAACUACUACAACAACGUUAAUGGUCAAGAUCUUUCCCACUCACGAACGCGGACGAAUUCAUCCUCUGUCAUGCCCUACUUAGAAAACCAACAAGCACCACACCCAGCUCAGCGCGGCUCUCCCAACAUAUCUCCGGCGUACAGCAUGACCUCGCAACAAUACCCCGACCCAUCCUCCCGCCGAACCCUUUCCAACGCCACCUCCUCCACAUCCUCCACGAAUAACGCCAACCCGCAGACCGCACCACGACGCUCGACAUCCUCCCGAUCCGCCUCUUCCAUGUCUCCGACCUCCUACGUCGCUCUGAUGCGCAAGCAGAAAGCUACCGUAUGGUGUGACCGAGCGCAACAUGAAGAUCCUAGAAUCCUCGUCGCCCAACGGCAAGCGAAGAUGCGAGCUGCUGCUGAAGUGGCUGGUGGACACUCCUACGCCACUUCCGCAAGCCGCACGAGUACCUCCUCCACCGGCAUGGUCGGUGGUGUACGGAGCAAGAUCAGACAUCACGGCGCGCCCAAGGCGUCGGCGUAUAACGCUGCUCCGACACUGGGAGCCGCUGGUGUGCCAAUGCGACUGUCCGCGACCGAAGUCGAUGAAGAGAACGAUAGCGACGAAGAAGGCGGCGGAGGAAGAUACAACGCUACCGGCAAGUCCGGUGGAUCGGCACGAAACAGCAUUGGAAGCGGGCGUGCAAGAAACUCAGGAUACAGCGGCGGAGGCGGCAAGAUCGGCCGGAAUGGAAGCAACAAUUCCACACCGUCCGGCGGAGGAGGCAGUCCGAACGGCAGCUUCAACGACAUCGUCGAGGAAGAGACACCCAUGGCCCGCAGCGAGAAUGGGGACUACUUCCUCAGCACCAACAGCGGCAGCGCGACGAUGACGAGUCGAACGACGACUGGCAUCAGCAGUGGAAGGGAGAGGAGGAAUAGCAAUGACUCCGUGCAGGACGAGAAGGACUUUGGCAGUGUGCCCGCGCUUCCCAAGAAGGCGGAGACGGCAGAAGAGGCGGUUGCAAGACAGGCGAAGAAUGCGGAGGAUCUGAGAAGAAGGGGAAGUGUGGAUGAGAGGACAAGCACGAUGACGAUGGGUGCUGGGAGGUUAUUCAUUGCGAACCCGGAUUACGAUUGA